CCCGCCCCCCUCCUCUUUGCGGAGGCUCACCUCCGUUGCUGCUUUGAGGGACUAUGCCCCUGAAAGGAGGUUAAUGGCAUUUCUGAGCAUGCACAGAGUGCCCUCCCUACACUUCCAGAGAACUUCAGGCAUGCCUCACAGCCUUCCCUAACGCGUCUGCAAACAGGAGUGGGGGCAGAGGGGUGCCGCUGAUGGUCGAUGCAGAAGGGUCUACGCCAACAGGUCGUCCUGGCCGCAGAUGUCCUGAGGGAGACAGAAGCUGAGAACCAGGAGCAACGGGCAAGGAUGGGGCGCUUUGCGCAGGACGUGGCUGUUCUUGCCCACCAGUACGAGGAGGCGCAGUCGAAGGUUUGGAUUCUGUCUGAGGAGGCGAAGGGGCUGCGCACGGAGCUGGAGGAGGCGCAGUGUCUCUUGCGGGAGGCGCAACAGAAGCGGCAGGACCUGGAGGCGCGCUGGCUGCAGGAGAAGGCGCUAGAGGCCAAGCGGCUGAACUGGGCCAACGAGCGGGAAGAGAAGAGUCGGAAGAAGGUGAUGGACCUGUGUGCGAAGCUGGAGAGGAUGCGAGAAGCUGCUGGCGUGCUGCAGGAUGGGGGCAUGCCAGGGCCAGCCCCAGGAAUGGAUCACCCCGUGGCAUUCCCACAGGAAAGCAGGGACGGCUCCUGACGUGGCUGGACUUGCAAAGGCUUGGGGGCAGGGCCGCCUUUCUCUGCUGUGCACCCAGGCUUUUGACGCCUCCUCUGGCCUUGCAGGAACUGCACCCAAUGGGGGAGGGGUAUCUGCGGGCACCCCAAGGGCUGCACAUCCAAGCCGGCUUGUCCCUGUUUUACACCCAGGUCAACGUAAGCUUCCUUGCUCCAGUGGGGGGAACCUGCUGGCUGGGUGGCCAAGGGGGCCUACUAAGCUGGGGGGACUUGUUCAGAAAGAGGAUUGUGAGCGGUGCCCGUUCCCUCCCUUGCCCGCAGGCCGGUUGCGGCUCUGGGGG